UUCAGCACUUUGUAUUAUAAAUAUUAGAACGUCAAAAAUAUUGUUCAUUAUUGGUGUUGUUCAUUCUUAAACAUUUUGACGCUAUAAACUUUAGAUCUAUAAUUUUAUACAUAUACAUAUAUAAUAAAUUAUUGUCCCACUUUGUUUUGGGGAAAGGACUUAACAAUACCAAGAUGUCGUCAUCUGUUCAUUGUCAAUUAUGGAUGGGUAGUUUGGAGCCGUACAUGACGGAAAAUUUCAUAAUAGCUGCUUUUCGUAAAAUGGGUGAGGAGCCAACAACAGUCCGACUAAUGAGGAACAAAUAUACUGGUGAACCGGCUGGUUACUGCUUUGUUAAUUUUGCGACCGACGAGAGUGCAAUGGAUGCUAUGCAUAAACUAAAUGGUAAACCCAUUCCUGGAACUAAUCCGAUUGUUCGUUUUCGAUUAAAUAGCGCAAGUAAUUCAUAUAAACUUCCUGGAAACGAGCGAGAAUUCAGUGUAUGGGUUGGAGAUUUAAGCUCAGAUGUCGAUGAUUAUCAACUUUAUAAGGUGUUUUCAACAAAAUAUACCUCUAUAAAAACUGCCAAAGUAAUUUUGGAUAGUUCUGGGUUUUCGAAAGGCUACGGGUUCGUACGAUUCGGCAUCGAGGACGAACAAAAGUCGGCAUUGUAUGAUAUGAAUGGAUACAUUGGUUUAGGAACUAAACCAAUAAAAAUUUGUAAUGCUGUGCCAAAACCAAAGAAUGAAUUAGGCGUUGCACUUGGUACAACUAGUAAUUAUGGUUAUGGUGGUGUUGGUAUUACUGGGACAUCGACCACAACAGCGACAACUGCGGACUAUUCUCAAUACUAUGAUCCUACUAGCACUUAUUGGCAGAACUAUAAUUCUUGGCAAGGAUAUUAUGAUCAGAGUGGAGCAGGAGCUAUAUCAGAUCCCAACAGUGCAUACUAUCAACAAUCAAUAGCACAGUCCCAUGCCAAUCCACAAACACUGGCUCAACAUGCAGAGGCAUGGAGUGCUCAGCGUGCAGCACAAUAUGAACAACAAGCAGCAGCUACAGCGGCUGCUAAUAAUACAACUAAUGUUGGUGAAGACGAUGAUUACGCUUUAGUGGAACACAAGUAUACAUUGGAUAUAGACAAGUUAAAUCGGGAGACAUUAGAUGCAGAUCGUCUGUUAUAUGACGCUCUAGAGAGUUCAAAAUGGCUCCCACUUGAACAGCUGGAAACAUAUUGAUUUUUAAAGACAUACAAAAAUUUUACAUUUCUUAAGAAAUAAAUUUGCAUACAUCUGAUUCGAUUAAAAAAUCAAAAAAAAAAAAAAAAAACAUUUUAGGUAGAUGGUUUACUUAAACAAAUUAUCAAUGUAAAAACUGUUUUUAUUUUAAUUAAGAACUUUUCAUUGGAUUUUAAUUUAAAUUUCAAAUCAAUUUGCAUACACAAUUUUUAAAUAUGUACAUUCUUGUGCGCCGAAUUCCUAUCCGCAUAGUUUAGCCUUCAUUAUUACUUAUAAAGCUUAUACAAAAAAACCAAAACAAAAAUUAAUUUUAGUACUCAUUAAAUAUCUAAAUUUGAUAAAAAUAUAAGAUAAAUAUUCCGAAUUGUAAGCCAAUUGAAUGCUUGUAAUAAGUCUUUUGCAUUCUUUAAAAUAAAUGUAUAUGUCUACAAAUAUAUUUCUGAACUAACUUUGGUUUGGACCGAUUACAGAACUCAAAUGCGAGUUAAUAGAAUAUAAACUCAUAAAAAAACAUUUUUCUUAAAUACGAUCCAUAAA